GUGCGUGGGAGGCAGCCCAGCAGGUCACUCUCCAGUGGGCAGCAGGUCCACUGGGACCCACAGGGUGGAGGAGGGGGUCGGUCCCUGCUGCUAGCUGGGAUACCUCCUCUGAGCCCAGGGUUAAGAGGUAUAAGGACGUAACGUCCUCCUCCAGCUUCCUAGUGUAGGUCCAGACUCAAGAGGCGCAGUUCACUGAGCCUGGAGACUGCCCAACAGUCACCAUGGAUCACCGAGGCCGACCCCGGAGUGUAGGCCUGAACCGGCUCCCUGGGCCUCAGGCCCGAGCCCCCCGGACCCCCGUCCCUCUGCAUGUGGAGCAGGAGGCCAGGGAAGGAGAAGAAUGGGAACGAGAGCUACCUCGGCCGAGGACUCCUACCUACAGGCCAGCAGAAUGUGAAGAGCUGCCAGACGCGGUCAUGGUUUCCAAGCCAGCACCUUACUGGGAAGGAACAGCUGUGAUAAAUGGAGAAUUCAAGGAGCUCAAGUUAACUGAUUACCGUGGAAAAUACUUGGUUUUUUUCUUCUACCCACUUGAUUUCACAUUUGUGUGUCCAACUGAAAUUAUCGCUUUUGGCGACAGAAUUGAAGAAUUCAGAGCCAUAAAUACUGAAGUGGUGGCAUGCUCCGUUGAUUCACAGUUCACUCAUUUGGCCUGGAUUAAUACCCCUCGAAGACAAGGAGGACUUGGGUCAAUAAAGAUUCCACUUCUCUCAGAUCUGACCCAUCAGAUCUCCAAGGACUAUGGCGUUUAUCUGGAAGACUCAGGCCACACUCUCAGAGGGCUCUUCAUCAUCGAUGACAAAGGAGUCCUAAGACAGAUUACUCUGAACGACCUGCCUGUGGGUAGAUCAGUGGAUGAGACACUGCGUCUGGUUCAAGCAUUCCAGUACACCGACAAGCACGGAGAAGUCUGCCCUGCUGGCUGGAAACCUGGUAGUGAAACAAUAAUCCCAGAUCCAGCUGGAAAACUGAAGUAUUUCGAUAAACUAAAUUGAAAAUACUUCCUCAAGUCAUGGUGCUUGAACAUCCUCAAUAAAGAACACCAAUCCACUACCA